AUGAUACCAAUAUCAGCCUUUACUCGGACACACUCCUUCAUAACCUUCCCCCCUCCUACCCCUCCCUUUCCCCCAAGGCCAGUCCCCAACCCCUUCGUCGGACUCGCCAUAACAACCAACUGCUCACGCUACUCCCUCCACUUCCCCAAAUACCUCACUCGUUCCACAAGCUUCCCAUGUGCCGGAACAACUUUAAACUUCUCACUGCUCUUCCUCGUCACCUCCCUCGCGACGUUCGUGAACUCUUGCGUGAGACCACCCACAUCCCCAGGGCCGUCGUUUGUGAGAGGAGAUGUUUGA